AUGGCCCCAAAGGAAGAGGAAAUCCCCGAAAUCCCCAACGAGCCGCCUGCUGAGACAGACCUCUACGAGAUCCUAGGCGUCAAGGAAGAUGCCACCCCAGAGCAGGUCAAGUCAGCUUACAAGAAGCUUGCGUUAAGACAUCAUCCUGACAAGGCUCCAGCAGACGCCCGAGAAGAGGCCAACCAACAGUUUCAAAAGAUCGCGUUCGCCUAUGCAAUCUUGUCCGAUACACGACGACGACAGCGCUUUGAUCUGACCGGUAGCACCGCCGAGGCUGUUGAUCUGGACGAUGACUUUGACUGGGUGGACUUCUAUCGGGAACAAUUCUCGAAUGCGAUUGACACGAAUGCCCUCGAGAAAUUCAAGGAAGAAUACCAGGGAUCAGAGGAGGAGGAAAGGGAUCUGCUUGCUGCCUUUGAAAAUCACGAAGGUGAUUUAGACAAGAUCUACGAGUCGGUGAUGCUAUGCAAUGUUCUAGACGACGACGACCGCUUCCGUACCAUCAUAGACAAGGCCAUCGAGUCCGGGAGAGUCCAGAGCUACAAGGCCUAUACAGAAGAGUCAGAGAAGAAGCGGGGCCAGCGACUGAAGCGCGCACAGAAGGAGGCGAAAGAGGCGGAAAAGCUAGCGAAGAAGCUGGGGAAGGAGAAGGAGGGGAGCAACGCAAAAGCCGGGGGCCGGAGGAGCAACAAAGGCAGCGCGCCGGGGAACAAUAAUGAUUUGGCAGCCCUCAUUCAGCAGCGACAAGCGUCUCGCGCGGACUCGUUCUUCGACCGGCUGGAAGCGAAGUACAACCUUUCUGGGAAAAAGCGGGUGGCAAUGGAUGAGCCACCAGAGGAGGCGUUUGAAGCUACUGCUGCGCGGCGGAGCUCGAAGAAAACGAAAUCCAAGACAAAGGCAUAG